AACACGGAUCAGACAGAUUACUGACUCUGAGAGAGUGUGUGUCGCUUUACUCAUUACUACACACACGCUUUGGAUGAGGAGUAGGUUGGAUUUAUGCAUGCUGUCUGGGAGCACUACACACUGCUGGAUUAUACUCUUUCUUUUUUUUAAUGCACUAUUUCACUGGAGUGCUGAACAAUUUGGAAAAGUGAUUAGUGUUCAUACGUGCUAUCAUGCCGAUGAGCAGCAGCCUGUCUUGGAAGAACUACGACUGCGACUACGACUUGGUCCAGCCGUACUUCUACUUCGACACCGAUGAGGAGGACUUUUACACACAGCUGCAGCAGGGCCAGGCGCCCAGUGAGGACAUCUGGAAGAAGUUCGAGCUCUUGCCUACGCCGCCGCUUUCCCCAUGCCGGCGGCCCUCCAUAUCCGAGCAGCUGGAGAUGGUGAGCGAGUUCCUCGGUGAUGAUGCGGUCAACCAGAGCUUCAUCUGCGACUCGGUUUCAUCGCAGGCCUUCCUCAAGACAAUCAUCAUCCAAGACUGCAUGUGGAGCGGCUUUUCUGCCGUCGCCAAGCUUGAGAAGGUGGUGUCUGAGAGGCUCGCGACGCUGCACGCAGCGCGGAAAAGCUUGACCACGUCCGCCACUUGUGACGCAACGGACAGCAGCGGGGUCUACUUGCAAGAUCUUAGUGCGUCGGAGUGUAUCGAUCCGUCCAUGGUUUUCCCUUACGCGCUUACGGAUUCGCCCAAGUGCGCAAAAUUGACAGCGGCUCCGGAUCACGUGCCGCUCGUAGACACUCCGCCCAGCAGCGGCUGCAGCAGCGAGUCAGAUGAUGAAGAGGAGGAUGAAGACGAAGAUGAUGAUGAUGAUGAGGAUGAUGAUGAUGAAGAGAUUGAUGUAGUGACAGUAGAGAAGCGUCAGAGGAAGAGUGAGGCUGAGGUAAAUGAAUCCAGGCAACCCAGUCCGCUGGUGCUGAAGCGCUGCCACGUCUCCACACAGCAGCACAACUAUGCUGCCCAGCCAUCCACGCGGCAUGAACAUCCAAGCAGCAAGCGCCCACGCCUUGAAGCCUCUUCCACAGGCCACGGUGCCAACCGGCACAGUAAGCCAAGGAAGUGCACAAGUCCACGCACAUCAGACUCGGAGGACAACGACAAGCGGAGGACACAUAAUGUGCUGGAGCGUCAGCGCCGCAAUGAACUCAAGCUGAGUUUUUUCGCCCUGCGUGACGAGAUCCCUGAGGUAGCCAAUAAUGAAAAAGCAGCCAAGGUGAUGAUCCUGAAGAAAGCAGCAGAGUGCAUUCACAGCAUGCAGGCAGAUGAACGGAGGCUGCAGUCCAUCAAAGAACAGCUGAGGAGAAAAAGUGAACUACUAAAACACAGACUACAGCAAUUACGGAGGUCCCAACUAUAAAAUACAGAAUUUUACAUAGAGACUUUUAAGAAAACUAAGCAAACAGACUUUUAAGAACCAUUUCUCCUCAUUUUUUUAUGCAAGUUGUGCAUAAUGUGAUUUUUUUCUUUGUCUUCUUUUGAAUAUUGUCAGAUUUUUGUCUGUUUAAAA